AUGACACAGGUCCAACAUCUACUGCAAGGAGGACCAGCUCAGAUCUUUCUCGACAGCAAUGGUACUCUCACAACAACACGUACCGAAAACAAAGGCAUUGACUAUGGCCACAUAGGCCAGGUUAUUCACGACAUCCUCAUGAAAAAAGUCUCACAGGGGCGCACAACAAUCCAUGCCGACGGUCCCCGUUCGGUCGAGAAAGAGCACGCCCAUCAGAAACGGGACCGUGAUCUAACAACGCGGAUGAGAAAACUCAUGGAGGACUACGACGAAGACAAGAUCAAAGGGACGAAACGGCUAUACCGGCGUCUAAAGUCUGUUUAUCGGGCACCACCCGAUGCCGCGAGACAAGUGCUGGAUGCUCUUCAGAAUCUGGGGUGGACAAUAUGUCGCUGCCCCCACCAAGCCGACUGCUGUAUUGCCCGUUGUCUCAAUAAUGCCGUCAAGCCGGAGGAUGUACGAAUCAUCACCAAAGACUCUGACCUGUUGGUCUAUGAGGCCUCUACAUCGAUCACUAUUCCUGUCGGCAGUCAGUGGAAAACAUUCCAGAAGCAGGACCUUAUGGAUCGACACCAGCUCCCCACUCCAGCCCACCUUCUUCUUCUUGGUAUUUUAACAACAAACGACUAUACCGACGGCGUUCCUUACUAUGGCUUGGUGUCGAACGCUGACAUUGUUCGGACGUUUACAUUGGACGGACUCGACGGAUUGAGCGACCAGGAGCGACUUGGACAAUUCAAACACCACGUCAUUCAGUACUUGAAGAUUGUAUACGACAGCGCCCACAAGCUCCAGGAGAUCGCAGAGGAGUCCUACCUCCAAUAUGGGAAACACAUGCAACUGUAUAAGAAACACGCUAAAAGGUCCUUGAACAGGGUCGGGAUAACUCAGUACCAGAAGAACGUAAAAGACAGCCAGUUCGAUCAUGCCCUUCAGGCGUUCGUGAUGUGCACCGAGCAUCCUUUACCUAUGGGUGGGACCGAAACGACUUCCAGCACACCCGAUAUCCACAGCCUUGUCACGACUAUCAUUCAGGAAGUUGAGAUGAAAAAGGCGAAGACCAACUGGGAGCGUUUCUCAAGGAGCCAAACAUCACAUACAGGACCAUCAGCGCCCACACCUAUUAUCGACCAGGCACCUCCACUCUACAAAAAGAGUAGAAAACAAGAAAUGCGCCAUGGCUCACGCGCCCGGUCAAGGAGAAGGCAGAAAUGGCAGAGGACAAAAUUCCGAUCCCGGACGGAUCAAGCAGAUCGAUACGUACCCCAAACGGUCAACCUUGAGAACGCCAGCCCCGUCGAGGACGUAGAAUUGUCUGGUCUGAAACCAUCAACCCCUCGACCAUACAAGCCAAAGGAUCCCGCUACCACCAACGAACAAGCUGCCACUGCCCCUGUAGCCAAGAAAAAGAAGAAGAAGAAGCAUCUUGACUAUCACCAGGACAGGCCUGGUUAUGCUGCUCUGAAGAAGUCAUUCAAGUCUGUUUUCGCCACUGUCACACUUACCACUGGAUCAGUCAAGGGGUGCCUGAAACGAGCUACCGAUCUCACCCCGGCGAACGUCGACAUGGUUGCUCAGAGACUUGAUAUGGCUGUGUCUAUCGUCAAUACUGCCAAGCAUUUUGUCUACAAGAUGCUCGAAAUGCGGAUCCUUGGAGAGCUACUCUCUAGUUCGCCGCCGACGUCCUUUCUGGAGGAUAUUCUGGAUUCAGACUGGGCAGAGAUUGUUAUUGGGAAUCUGUUGUCGUUUGUUCUCCGAGAUUCGACAAAAGCACUAGGACCUACAGCCAACAAGCCAAAGUCGAAGGAAGCACAGGCGGAGGCAGUGUCGAUUUUUGCGGCCUUCAAGGGGUUCCAUCCGGGAUUCAAGGCUGUUAACCCAUCCAGCAUACCCCUCGGUGUUGUCAUCGAUGAUCUGGCGCCCAAGAUCUGUUUGGCUAUGAAGUUGCAUUACAAGAAGCUCCCACAGACUAUACGCACAAAGAUGGAGAAGCUGGAGUUCGAUCCCGCCCUACUUCCAAAAGUCGAACAGGAGGAUGAAGACAAACCUGGUGAUGACGGCACUACUCUAGACGAUGACGGUACUAUUCUAGACGAUGAUGCCGAUGAUGAGAACCCCAGGAAAAAGUCGAAAAAAAUUGUCUAUCAGCCUGGACACAUCCGAUCAUGCUGGAACUAUCUCAUGGCACUUCCAGCGGCAAACCGACCACGUUUCUGUACCCAGUCCAAGAUGGCAGACAGCUUUAUCGACAUUAGGGAGGAGGGACUGAUGCGUAUCCUUUGGGGAAGAGAUGCAGGUCAAGUCGGAUUGAUUUGGAGCGGCAGCCCUCAUAGCCACGACUGGGCCAACCUACAAGUCAAUACGUCAUUCGGGAACCUCAUCAAGAUGCUUUUCAUUGGAGAUCGAAAUACGGUUCGGCUCGCAAACAAACAACAAACAACAUACGGGAAACGAAGUGCUACAAUGAGUGAACUCAAGGCUGCCCACCCCACCAUCUAUGACCAAGGACCACUUGCACGACACCUGACAGAUCGAAUUAACUAUUACCGAACCCGACACAAUGCAUCCAUCUCGGCCGGAUCGUCGUCAUCGUCUUCAGCAUCUGCAGUGCCGCCGCCUUCCAACCCCCCACUAUUGCCGACCCCUCCUCACAUCCAAGGCGCACAGUCUUCCUUUCGGUAUGCAUUGAACAAUUUCAUCCGCACGGACGGCCAUCAGCUGCAACUUUUGGCCUAUGACCUCACCAAGAGUCGGCAGGCGCCGGGUCGUAAGGAGUUUCUACGACGUAUCGAGAACCAGUACCCAACCCGACAGUCGAUAAUUGAAGCAUUCGGUCAAGACUUGGAGUCGGUGGCGGUGAUUGGCAUCGAUCCAGGCGAAGUCGUGAGCGGUGCGUUCUGUGUGCGUCUCGAUGACAAAACUGUGGUCAACUUGUUGGUAAAGCGCGCAUCACUGUAUCAGCCAACACUCGCCUUCAGAGCAUGGGAACAGGAAUGGAGGCGACAACACCCAGCAGCCGGUCCCGCAGAUAAUGUCGACGCGAGCCUUUGGACGAGGAAGACGGAUGACAAGAACAGGGCAACUUUUCUACCUUCGAUGCAUGAUCUUGAGAAUGCGCUCCAUUCAACAAAAUACGACUCAGAGGACGCCCUCAAAUCCGCGCAACGGCAGUAUUUCGAGUUGGAACCGAUCAUUCAUGGAUUCUACUCAUCGUCGGACUGGAAGAAGGCCGUAUACCAACAUAGAAUGGCAAAGUUGUCAGAGAUGGACAUGGCGGUGGCAGGCGUGCUCCGACUUGUGAAAGAAGCAUUGAAGAGUAACCCAAUGGGAGGGCGUAGGGUCCUCUUCGCGUUGGGAAACGCGACUUUUCGGACAGGGUUCAACCUUACAUCGGUCCACACGACGUUCUUGCGCAGACUACAGCAGAAGAGCAUGGCCCUUGGGUACAAGAGCAAUGGCCAAUUUUGGGUCAUCUUAACCACCUUUGGUCACUCUGUCAUCUUCUCGGACUCAUAUGUCUUUACGCUGAACGUGGGAUUCCCAGAGUUGCUACCUGUCUGGCCUAACUUCAAGAAGGCCAACGCCACCACCAAGGGCCACAGCACUCGCACCAUGGACCAGGGAGAGACUCGGAAUACUACGGGAACGGCGAUGUUCGGUGCUCAAGCCUAUCACGGAUACGUCGCCAAGGAGACUGUGAGAGAGCGCGAGUGGGCCAUCUUCCUUGCUCAGGUCCAAGCCCAAGUCGAAAAGAAGCGCCGGGACUUGCAUGCCGAGAGGGACGCGCUGCACGAUGUAUUUGGAAGCGAGUUCCGCGAUGACGGGCGUGGCAGCCAAGUUGACAACUGCAGCGAGGAUGAUAAUGGCGGUGCGGAUGUGGUACUGUCUUCUUCCUUAGACAAACUGCCAGACUAUACCACGAAGCAGAUUCAGCCAGUGGUCAUCCGCCAUCUCACCCACCGCAUCGUCACCUGCUUCUCGUCACCAGAGGACCAAGUAACCCCAAAAAAGAAACAAGAAGCCAUAUCCGCUCUUGAUGCAUCCCAGAAUGACAAGCUUUUCGAACUGUUUCACACGGUCGGUGAACCCCCAUGA